CAAAUACCAUGAUUAAUGUAAUAUCUGACAAAACUUCCCUCCUGCCUCCAGGUCUGGAGGAUUUCAUCUUGUUCUCUACCUAAUACCCUAGAACCGUCCCCUUGCGCCCACCAUGUCUCGACCAAGCUUACAACACCGCCCGUCCAGCGUCGCAGCCGCCAACAAGACAGUCGUUCUCGUGACCGGUGGAAACACAGGUAUAGGCUAUGAAAUCGUCAAGAAACUGGCGACCGAGAACUCCAAUUUCCAGAUCUUACUAGGCUGUCGAGACACGCGCAAGGGAGAAGAAGCGGUCGCCAGCAUGGGUGCACCCCGAAACGUCAAUCCUAUUCAACUUGACAUCACCGACGACAAAUCGAUCGAGCAAUGCUACCUCGCCAUCAACCAGCACUUUGGGAAGCUGGACAUCCUCAUCAACAAUGCCGGCACUGCUGCCCGAGAACUCCCUGAGACAGCCACUCUACGUGAAAAGUACGACCUCACGUUCAACGUCAACGUUACUUCCACAGCUGUCUUGACCGACAAGCUCAUCCCCACGCUGGAAAAGGCCAGCCUACCCAAGAUCAUCUUCAUUUCCUCCGGACUCGGCAGCAUCCAGCGAACACUGGAGCGAGAGAAACCCCUUCCGGUGCCGUGGUACAACGCCAGCAAAACCGCCAUCAACGCAAUUACGGCAUACUACGCCCAGCUAUAUCCCAAUUUCAAGGUCAAUGCUGUAUGUCCUGGAUACCGAGCAACAGGGUUGAACGGCGCGGAAUUGACCGAGGAGAUGCAUCCCAAGCUCGGCGCCGUGAGAGUGGGACAAUUGGUGGCGGAAGGGGAGGACGGUGUGACGGCAACCUAUUCGACUUCGGAAGGUCCAUUACCCUGGUAGUUGGCG